CGAAGUGAGGCCACAGAAACGAAUCGAGCGCGCCAAUGAUCGGACGGAUCCAGUAAAAAAUUCCAAAAUAUAGAGCCAAAACUCUAUAGAAAAAGCAACCCAACUGUGAUACCAAACGAACACACACAAGACAAGAUGUCUGCUGCUAAUAAAGUGAACCACUUGAUCGGCGCCACUACGCGUUACAUUGCCGGACGGAAUGCUGUGCAGACGGUCUACUGGCGUACCUCCGCCGGACCCAAUCCCCGGAUGUUGAAGACCAACAAGUUGCAGAACUUCGAUCGCAGCCAGAAGGCGCCACAGAGUGUUCGGCUGCAGAACACCAACCGCAGCUUCUUUCGGGAUUAAUGGAGAAUUUUUCAUAGUUUUAGUUCCGACCUUGACAUGUUCCUAAUGUCGCGAUAGACAUAAUUUUUUUGUGCACUUUGUAUUUAUUAUGUAGAUUAUUUCCGAAGGCGAUAAACCUUAUCGUGCGAAUUAGAGUUAAUCGAAUCUAAAUGAAGCCGGCGCUACGACUUUUCAUGUACCUUGGCAUUAAAAAAAAAAAACCACAACGAUUAAAUAAAUGCAUUCUAGCGCGUAGAUAAGAGAAUAA